CUGGACAUGACCAGAAAGAUCUUCACAAAUACCAGGGAGCGGUGGAGGCAGCAGAGUGUCAACAAUGCCUUUGCCAAGCUGAGGAAACUCAUCCCUACUCACCCUCCAGAUAAGAAGCUGAGCAAGAACGAGACGCUUCGCUUGGCGAUGAGGUAUAUCAACUUCUUGGUCAAGGUCUUGGGCGAGCAAAGUCUGCAGCAAACAGGAGUCGCUGCUCAGGGAAACCUUCUGGGGCUUUUCCCCCCAAAGCCACGCCUGCCAGAUGUGGAUGACAGAACUCUACUGAAUGACUACCGAGUUUCUCCCCCUGGCCCAAGCCAUGGGGCACCCUAG